AUGGCUGAGAACUCGGACAAUGGGGUCGAAAAGCCCAACCCGACUCGCAUCCCCUACUGGCGCAUGGUCAUCGACCAAGCCGGCAUCACCCCCGAGGUCGAAAGCUACCCUUACCCCGGUUCUGGGACAGAAGAAGACCCAUACGUCGUGUCAUGGAUCCCCAACGAUCCCCGCAACCCAAUGCUGUUCUCUACCUCGUAUAAAUGGUUUAUCACCAUGUUGAUCGCCCUCAUCACCAUGGUUGUCGCUCUCGUGUCAUCGGCAUACAGUGGUGGUGUGUCUGAAAUCACGGCCAGCUUUGGCAUUGGCGAUGAAGUCGCCACCCUCGGUAUCUCGCUGUUCGUCCUGGGUUUCGCCAUUGGGCCUUUGAUGUGGGCGCCCAUGAGCGAGAUGUUUGGUCGUCAGAUCCUUUUCACCUCUACCUAUGCCCUCCUCACUGCCUUCAACGCUGGCUGCGCCGGUGCCCAGAACUCUUGGACUCUGAUCAUCCUGCGUUUCUUCGCCGGUUCCUUUGGAUCCUCGCCCCUCACCAAUGCCGGAGGUGUCAUCGCCGACAUGUUCCCUGCCUCCCAGAGAGGUCUGGCAAUGAGCUUCUACGCCGCUGCACCGUUCUUGGGUCCCGUGCUUGGUCCUAUCAUCGGUGGAUUUCUAGGCGAGAAUGCUGGAUGGCGCUGGAUCAUGGGACUGUUGGCUGCCUUGUCCGGCACGCUCUGGAUCUUGGGAAGCUUGCUCGUGCCUGAAACCUAUGCGCCUGUCCUGCUUCGCCGACGCGCGGCGAAGCUGUCGCAAAUGAACGGUAAGGUUUACACGACUCGUGUUGAUUUGGAGCGUGGCAAGAUCACCAUAUCCCACGCCUUCAAGACUGCGCUUUCCAGGCCGUGGCUGCUGCUGCUCCGGGAACCUAUCGUGUUCCUUCUGUCUGUCUACAUGGCUAUCAUUUAUGGAACCCUGUACAUGCUUUUCAGCGCCUACCCCAUCGUCUACCAAGAAACCCGAGGCUGGAGUCAGGGAGUGGGAUCUCUUCCGUUCCUGGGCGUUAUGGUUGGCAUGUUAAUCGCAGUCGCUUACAGCAUCUACGACAACAAGCGCUACCAGAAGGCAGAGAGUGAUAAUGGCGGAUUCGCCCCACCCGAGGCCCGCCUGCCCCCUUGUAUCAUCGCCUCUUUUACCAUUCCCGUCGGUCUCUUCUGGUUUGCUUGGACAAAUUCGCCCUCCAUCCAGUUCAUGGCAAGCAUUGUGGCCGGCGCGCCUUUCGGUUUCGGAGUCGUUCUCGUCUUCCUGGCUAUCAUGAAUUAUUUGAUUGAUGCCUACACCAUCUAUGCUGCUUCUGUGUUGGCUGCAAACGCCGUGCUACGUUCGCUAUUCGGUGCCGCCUUCCCCUUGUUCACCACCUACAUGUAUGCCAACUUGGGUAUUCACUGGGCUUCGUCCGUCCCGGCCUUCCUGGCCGUUGGCUGUAUCCCCUUCCCCAUCCUCUUUUACAAAUACGGUGCUCGCAUCCGCGCCAAGUGCAAGUAUGCCGCCGAAUCUCUUGCCUUUAUCCAGAGGUUGCAGGCCAAUGCCAAGGAGGCCGAAGCAGCACCGGAAGAAGAGGAGGUAGAAAAGGAGAACUUCGACCGUGACGAGGCUCCACCACCACACGACAUCAGCUCAGACUCCGACGGUGAGGGUGACGCAGAACGGCCGCAAAGCCGCGCUCAACGUGUUCACUCGCGCGCGUCCACCCGAACGGCGGGCAGCACCCGUAACAUCCGGGACGAUUAUGAGGGUAAUCCCUACGAUAUCGACCGCGUGAACACUAAAGACUCGGACUUUAGCCUUCGCAGGAAGUCGGCUGCAUAA